CAAAACAGGAACUUAGAAGAAUUCUGGUUGUCGCAAAAGUAAUGCGAACGUUAUACUUACAAUUAGAUUAUUAGUUCUAUACAGCCCAGCUAUACCCGGUUUGUAUUUAGUGAAUAUGUGACCAUUAUCAUAGCAAACACGUUUUGGUUCGAUAAAACGACUACGGAACGACUGCCUCAAAUCGAUCGGUUUCUCCUUCCGCCAUAUUGCUCCAUGGCAACAUACAACUGUAAUGAUCAUGGAUGUUUGAAGAUUGUUGUUUUGGUCCUUGAAUCGCGCAAUACCAGAGGAUAUCUGAACUGAUAAGCUGUGGCCAUGUAUGACAGAGCACCUCGUGAUUUAGUUCAGACCUUUGGGAGUACCCCUCAUAAUGUUGGCCCCGGAUCUUAUGAUGCAUCUGCAGCUAACAAGGCCAGAUUAAAAGCAGAUGGAUAUGCUCCUUUUUUGUCUAUGACGAGUCGAGAGACAUUCCUCAAUGUCACUGACCAGGUUGUGGCUGCUCCUGGGCCAGGCCAUUAUGAUCCUGCCAAGCCACAGGAUACUGUUAAAGGUGGACGCACUUUAGCGAACAGAUCCAAGCGGUUUAACCAAGCAGAAAAAGAUACUCCAGGUCCUGGAGCCUAUCAGGUUGACAUGGGAAUUGAGUUCCGACAAUCCAAGUCUGCCCCGGAACUCCGAUCUCAAGCAAAGGGAGCUUUGAUGACAAACAGAAUCAAGUUCCACCGUAAACCUGAGGCACCAUCCAUUCCCUACCCUGGACAGGCAUAUGGUUAUGAGGAGUUUGAAGAUGGGACACUGAAGAAACAGGACCCUCCCAGUAGAGACCGCUCCCUUGGACCUGCAUUCUAUAAUCCAGCUCAAGGUGAUACAAAACCAACUUCGCAGUACAGAGGAGUACAUUUCGGUAAGCUGACAUCCAAACGUGUGGAAUUUGGCGGCAAGGGUGGGCCAGGCCCAGGAGAAUAUGAACCAUAUAAGGAGGUCCAGAACAAAGCUGAAAAUGCCAACAUUGCAGACGAGGAGAGAAGCGUACGAUACGAAGCAAGACUUCCUCGAUAUCAUGAGGCAGUGGUCAAGGAUGAGGAGAAAAAGGCAAUACCCGGGCCAGGGAAAUAUGAGAUAAAAGGCCAGUUUGAAAUGCCACACCCAAAGAUUAAUACAGAUGGAAUUGAAGUCGAGCACCCACCAUUCAUGUCCCAAUCAAAAAGAUUUCAACCACUGAAGACAAUCACCCCUGCCCCCGGGGUGUAUAAUGACCCGAGAUCGGCACUGGAUUCCCUAAAGCGUGUGACGGGGCUGAAGAGAAGCCCGUUUGGUCAGACGUCUGUCCGUUUCAACAUUGAAGGGCCAGUCAAGAAGACACCAGGUCCCGGAGCGUACAACAUCGGUGGUAUGGGUGCAGAGAGCAUGAGGAAGGCCUACUUGGAGAGUACGCGCAGAGGGGUGUUCGGGACAACAUCCACCAGGAUCCAAGCCAUUGCAAAGAAGGACGAGGUAGAGAAACCUGGCCCUGCCCACUACCAAGUGAAAGAAAAACCAUUCAAGAGUCGCUACCAACAACUAUCAUCAAACUUCGCCUCUGUUACCUCACGGCUAACUGAACCUCAAGCAACAGUCAAGGACUUGCCACCUCCUGGAUCUUACGAUGUGGUCAAAUCUUACGAACGCUCACAGAUGAAGUACGAGAAGUCUCUGCCUCGGUCUGAAGCAGCGAAACGUAAACAUGGCUCCUUCCUGUCUGCCGCGUCUCGGUUUGCCCCCCCACGUGACGUCGUGUACAACAAGACUGACCCUGAUGUUCCAGGUCCAGGAGCAUAUGAUCAGAAGAUUCAGAAAAGCCACAAAGGAGGUCUCAUAGUGACCAGGGACAAGAGGUUCAAGGACAUAAAGUCAGAAGCACCAGGACCAGGAGCUUAUGAGUACUCACCGCUGAUUCAAGACACAGUUCUGAGGGGAACAUUUAAUGCCACUCUCAACAACCCAGUCGUGCCCCAAGUGGAGCCGGUGCAUCAAGGCAGUGCCGCCAAACAUGCCUUCCUCCUCGGAGUUUAACUUUUCAGUGCAGCGUUGAUUGGAUCAUUUAGGAGAAAGCUAUUGUUAAGUUCACCGUUCCUCAUCAUAAGUUUAAAUGAACUUUCUGUAUCCUAUUUAUGAAUAGGUAAAUUGUAAAUACAGGGCAUUCAGGCUGUACGUAUUUGACUAGUAGGUAAUCAACGAAACAGUUAUUGAACAUGCUUAAGUGAGUUUAGGUAAUGUACUUGAAUUUAGAAUAAGUUUUGUUCUAACAUUGAAAAGUUUAGCAACAAUGGCGUCAGUUUUCAUUUUUGCAUAAUUCAUUUUUGUACGCUUUUGGAGUCAUCCAUUAGAAUUAUUGCAAAUUUUGUUAUGCUGUCCAGUAACUUUAUUUCGAAGCAGUUGUUAGGGAAUCGUUUUUUUGAUUUCAUUGUUUGUACUAUACCAACAUUUGGAAAUGCUCUUCCUAUCAUUCUAGUAAUUAAAGUUAUGCAAGUUCUAGUUUAUGAUGGAAAACGGACAUUUUCAUAAUAUUAUCAUUUCAGAAGUCUUUUGAUCUUAAAGAGUGGUUUAUAGUGUGAUUUGAACAUUUGAAAUGAUUUGAUAUUUUCAACAUACAUUUAUACUGCUGAAUGUCUGUAUAAAUUGUGUCAUACGUCCAAACACCAUCAUCAAGGAUUAUUGUGUUAAGGUUCAGACUUUUAAUGCACCAAACCAGUUGUUAACAAGACCAGUUGUUAAGAAACCUGUCUGUUAGGUGUUACAUGUUUUAUACACUUCCAUUCUAUACUUAAAGUAUUAUCAUGUUAUCGUUUUAUUCAGUAAUUUUAUGAAUUGUACUUCACCAUCAGCAUUCACCUGUCAGUAUUGUCCAUAAAUGUCCAUAAAUGUCCAUAUGUGUCCAUACGUGUCUAUAUUAGUAUGGAGGUUUAUAAAGAAAUGUGCAGUUUUAAUCAAUAAAGCAACUCACAUUGUCUGUGCUGUGAUAAUAAAACACCUCUUUAUGAUAAUAAAGUUAGGAAAGUUAUUGGCUAUUUUGACCAUACCAUUAUGUCUAUAUAGUGUACACAUUGUUAUCAGUAAAUUAAUUUAUCAUA